AUGAUGCCAAAACUAAGUCGAGAGAAUACGAUUAGCAAUGCAAGUUGUCUCCCGAGACAUCUGAAUAUACAAGGGUUCCAAAAGUUCAACAUCAAGUCCAAUUCUCCAAGAACAUUAUAGGCUUGUUAAGAAUUGGGCAUUGAUCCAAUUGUUUUAGAAUUAAAAGAAGAAUCAGAUUUCAAAUAAAAUGAUUUAGAUGAGGAAAUCAUUUAACUCAGAUACUAACAUUACUUAAACAGAAACUGUUCACAGAAAUAACUCAAAGAAGGAAAGAGAUAAUCUAGAGGCAGAGACAAAAACUAUUGA